GGCAUUUCCUGAUUUAGCUCAGUCAAUAAACUGACAAAGCCAAACACCGUUCGCAUGUGCGAUGUAGAAGCACCAGUGGGCGUUUCUUAUUUACUUUUCCAGCAAAUCACCAUGUGAGAGUGUUUGAAUCUUUUUCAAGACUUGUGACUCUAGCUGUACACACAGUGUGCUGGAUGCUGAUAUUGGGGUUUUAAACCUUGACAUUUUUUCUACAGAGUGCUCAUCUUCCACUGUUCAUUGAAAACAGGAAGAGGAAGUAAAGCAAGAGCACGAGUUCAUUCUCGAGGUCAUCAUAGGCUGACAUGACUGUGUUUCCACUGCUGCUAUGGAGAACAUAACUGCUAGCGAGGAACCAUCUGCUACAUUGAUGUACCACGUGGAACGACCUGUGUUCAAUGAAGGCUAUAUUGACUCAGAGCUUCUGCACAGGAAAAAGAGGACACCCAAGUCCUGUAGACGGAGAAUAGCUGAGCAUUUUCGUUGCUCGUCUGAGAAAGCCAAAUCGGCUGUGUUUAGUUUUCUGCCAAUUUUAACAUGGCUGCCAUCAUAUCCACUGAAGGAAUACCUGUUUGGGGACAUAGUUUCUGGAAUCAGCACAGGUGUAAUGCAGCUACCUCAAGGUCUUGCUUAUGCGAUGUUGGCAGCUGUUCCUCCAGUGUUUGGGUUAUAUUCGUCAUUUUAUCCCGUCCUGUUAUACACAUUCUUUGGUACCUCCAGACAUAUAUCAAUAGGCACUUUUGCAGUAAUCAGUCUGAUGAUUGGCGGGGUGGCUGUAAGGGAGGCCCCGGACUCCAUGUUUGCAGUCAAUGGUACCAACGCAUCACAGGUUGUGGAUUUUGAGGCCCGUGAUGCCAGACGAGUGGAGGUGGUUGUAGCUCUAACAACCCUAGUAGGAAUCAUACAGUUUGUUCUGGGUCUGCUGAGAUUCGGCUUCCUGGCUAUUUACCUGACUGAGCCGCUGGUGCGAGGUUUCACUACGGCUGCCGCUGUGCACGUCUCAGUGUCGCAGCUCAAGUACCUGCUGGGAGUGCACACUGCACGUUUCAAUGGGCCUCUUUCUGUAAUACAUAGCAUUGAUGCUGUCUUCAGGAACAUUGCAAGCACUAAUGUUGUCACACUAAUUAUUGGACUGGUGUGCACCGUGUUCCUGUAUAUCAUCAAAGAUCUCAAUGAACGCUUUAAAAAGAAACUACCUAUCCCCAUCCCUGGAGAAAUCAUAGUGGUAAUUGUGUCUACUGGAAUCUCAUACGGGAUGCUUAUGUCUGAAAACUAUGGUGUAGAAGUUGUGGGUAAAAUUCCCACUGGGUUGCUGCCACCCAAGAUUCCAGACUUCUCGGUCUUUCCUAACCUCCUCGCAGACGCCGUUGCUAUAGCUGUUGUUGGCUUCUCGAUUGCAAUAUCAUUAGCCAAAAUCUUUGCUCUCAAGCAUGGCUACAGUGUGGAUGGAAAUCAGGAGCUCAUGGCACUGGGACUUUGUAACUUUAUGAGUUCAUUCUUCCACACGUUUGUCGUUACCGCCUCAAUGUCUCGCAGCCUGGUACAGGAGAGCACAGGAGGACACACUGAAAUUGCAGGACUGUUGGCGUCCAUACUCGUGCUACUGGUGGUGGUGGCCAUUGGAUUUGUCUUUCAGCCAUUACCUACAACUGUGUUGGCUGCUAUCAUCAUGGUCAAUCUCCUGGGGAUGUUUAGGCAAAUGAAAGACAUUCCUGCAUUAUGGAAAACCAGCAAGAUUGAACUGGCAAUUUGGCUGGUGUCCUUUUUUGCAUCGGUUCUCCUUGGUCUGGAUUAUGGUCUGGUGGUUUCCAUGGGCUUUGCCAUACUCACAGUUAUUUACAGAACACAGUGCCCUAAGAAUGCUGUUCUUGGACAAAUCCCAGAUACAGGAUUGUACUUUGAUGUGGAAGAGUAUGAAGAGGCUGAGGAAUGCUCAGGGAUUAAGAUUUUUCAGUCCAAUACCUCCAUCUACUUUGCAAACAGUGACCUGUAUGUAAGCGCCCUCAAGGCAAAGACUGGAAUUGACCCGGCACAACUGCUCACUGCCAGGAAAUCACAGCUAAAAUAUGCAAAAAGAGACACCGGGGAGAGUAAGACCACAAACCACAGCUGUUCACAGAAGAAACAAGCAGUUGUCUUAUUGGAUGUGGAGCUGCGUGUUACUCAUGAGGUGGUGAAUGGGCCACAAAAACAGAUGCAUGUGUACACCAAUGGCAAGAUGACCGAGAACCACGCUGAGUCUGAAUCUGAGGACGACUUCUUUCUGCAGCGUCUAACCCCUAUUCACUCCAUCAUACUGGACUUUACUCCUGUCAACUUUAUUGACUCUGUAGGAGCCAAAACCAUUAAAUCCGUGAUCAAGGAGUAUGCGACAGUCGACGUGAAAGUUGUACUUGCUGGAUGUAGCAGGACCCUUCUCUCUGAUCUCAGGACACUUCAAUUCUUCUGUGAGCCUGUGACCCCUGACCUCAUUUUCCCCACCAUUCAUGACGCAGUGUUGCACUGCAUGCGCAGGAAGGACCUCCCUGUCUGUCCUGAUGUCCAUUGAACACACAAACCAAACUGAUAUUUCAACUCUGUGCUUUGAGAGGGUACGGCUUGAGUGGCGGAAUAUGAAUUAGUUGUGCUGGAACAAGCAAAAGUACUGUUACUUUAGGAGACAAGAUAACAAAAGGAGGCUGGGAAAGUUUAUGCAAUGAGCAGGCCAAAAUGUUUUAGAUGGAAACGCUUUAUUUAAUGUGAAUAUACCAGCAAAUGUUGGGCUUUAUAUCAUUGGUGCUCGGUUUAUUGCACUAGCCGUGAUCUUAAGCUCUACCACAACUUGUUACGAAUGACUAUAAAACACUCUGUACCUUCAGUUCUUUUAAGUGCAAUUAGGGUAGAUGGAUUCUUGACCAGUGUUUAUUUUUUAGCACUCGUCUAAAUCUUUUAUUGACAUUCCAGUAAGCUUAUUUUUAAUGAAAGAAAUUUAGUUUUACAGUUGUACGCCAUGUGCUUGCUGUUUGUUACUACAAAUUAUUUUCUUUUAACAGUAUUUAUUUUUUUAUUAAAUCUUUUUUUUUUUUUUUGAAAGUCCACAGUUUCUGGCUGUAGUAUUCAGGAAAAAGGCUUAAUAUGUUACAUAUUAAAGACCUGAUCACAGAAUUGCACUGCUGGCAAAGAUGCUGCUUUUUAUUUCAUUUUUUUUUUUUUUUUUUUUGCCUGAUAUUGAUUGGAAUUUUUUUAAAGCUUUUUUCCCCCUUCAUUGAAUCGGUGACACUUUUUGGCUAAAGGCUUAUCUACGGUCACUCCAGGGUUUCUUGGAAUGUAUUGCUAUUUAUUUUUAUGGCUACAAAGAACAUUAUUAACAUAAGGGGGUCUUAGUUAGUGAUUAUUGAAACAGCUGAUUCCAGGAAGUCUUUAAAAUUGAUUUCAGGUGUUCUUGUCUUCAGAGCAUUACAAAGAAAGCCCACAGGCAAGGUCUGUCUCCGACAUGUUUGACAGAUACUGCCUAUGAAAUGUUCACUCCGAGCACUUUUUGGUUCACAGCAAGUGCACACAAAUUACAUUAUUCUGUACUAAUAUUUUAGAUGCGAUUUCAUUGCAGUAAUGAAGACCAAAGUUCAUCAAUCAGUUGCAACUGCAUACAAUGUAGUGCAUUUUAUUGUCUUUUUAUGCUUUUGUGGAUUUAAGGUAUUUUUGUAUAAUAAAUGCAAAUCAUGACUCUAAAUUAAAUGUUUUUCUUCUUCAAA